GCCGAAAAAAGUCCCAGAACAAAAAGUGGCAUGGCGUCGAUCUACGAAGGCGCGUUCGACACCGCGGCGCUUCAAAAGGAACUGGUCAUUGCUCUUGAAGAGGACCGCAAGUACAAGCUGACCGACGACAUGAAGAAGCGCGCGAUCCACACCGCGGCUAGCUACGACGACUUUCGCAACUUUGUGCUGUGCGCCGAUUUGAAACCAGUGUCGUCGAAAGAGUUGCAAAACUUGUCGAAAAGCGAACGCAAGCGCAAUCGCGGGUACCAAACCAAGUCGUUGCUGCACGUCGACACGAGCAAAGCCAAGACGCUGGUGGGAAAGCAGGACGCCGCCGUACCACCCGCGACGUCUGUCGAGUUUAUUCGAACAUGGCGCCGCAGUUGCUUGACGCAGCGCGAUAAAUACAAGUACUUGCAAGUGACCACGCCGCCGCGAGUGGCAAAACUGUUUCAAGCCGAGCUCGACUCGGACUUGAUGCUUCAAAUCGUGGCAUGUUUGAGUGCGCAAUUUGUGAAUUUGAACCCCAACAACGACGUCGACGACUACCAACUCGAGCUCGCCCACGCCUGGUUUACCCUGUCGCUGCUGGAAGCGGUGACCAAAACUGGUCGCUUUUUGUUAACGAUGUCCUUCCUGACUGCGGACCAAGCGGCCUCUGUGAUCCACCUCGUGGCGCGUGUGCACGAAGUGCUGGGCGUACACGACGACGACGACACCAAUGGCGAUGUGACGGCGAGGCUCGACGCAUUGCACCGGCAAUUUGCACGCUAACCAUAAUAAUUGCGUGUAAUGUAGAUGGCCAGUUUAUUUGGCACGGGACAGUUUAAGGUGUACUCAAAUUGGCCAAUGGAAUUGC